AUGGCCCUGGCCCAGCGUCUCCAGGUCGGGGGCUCAGGCUCGGGGAGUGAAAGCGAGAGCUCCCAGAACCGUGACACACUCCUCGAGCAGCGCAUUUGGUGGCAAGCGGUUGGUGAUGCGACGCGCUACGGAGUGAACCUUAGACGAGAACUUUGUGCAGAACUUGUUGCUCUGGAAAAGGGCACUGCAUCCUUUGAGCAGUGGGCGGAGCAAUGCCGUACUUGGACGCCAAUCAAGUUGACAGUUGCCCUGGAGAGCUUUUCAUCCAUGGCUGGCCAGCCAUAUCUCCUGAGACUCAUGAAUGCAUUGGUCAAAGAGGUUCCAUCUGAAGUGUUCGAUGACGAGCUUGAGAAUUCUGAGACUCCGGGUACCGUAACGUCUUUCAAGCAUUUGGCAGCCUUGCAGAGCCUGGGGCAAGAUGAAUGCGACGUGUUAGAGUCGGCUCUGAGUCAGUCUGAUGGCACCGUUGUUUCAGCCUGGAUGCCCGCAAGCUGGCAAUGGAUGCAUGUAUUUGUAUCGAAGCGGCACUUGCAACACUAUUUGUCUUUUGAUUACCAGUACCCACACGAGUACAAACCCAACUUUGGACGGUCAUGCCGAGCGCGCUGCUCGCGUGGCAGGGGCAACCAUUUUCAAUUUUGCAAAGCGAGCUUUGCCUACAGCCCGGCCCUGACGCUCUUUAAAGCGAGCAGCCGCCAGCAAGCGAUGAUGAUCCGGGCCUUCGCUGACUGUGGGACACGCAGCCAUGUGUUGACAAGCACGCUUGGACAGGGCAUCUUGAUUCAAGCCUGGCUUCUGGAGAACCAGUGCUUCUUCCUUGAUUUAGUGACUGAUGUUGUUAUUCUCGUUGGCCUCGUCGAUGCGAGCGCAUCCUUACGGCAUUACAUGUACCCCUCCGAAUCGGUUUUAGCAGUCCUAUGCCUGCUGGCUGGAAGAUCCUGCCUUCAUUCUCUGAUAAUCGCAUGGCAGCACUCACAGCUUUUCCGGGGUAUGGAUGUUUACACCAGUUGCCUCUGGAAGCUGCGGAAAUUUGCAACUGCCCAAAACUUGUUUACCAUGGUCCUGCAGAUCUACAGUUGCUGUGUCCUCGGAUGGGCGCUGGUCAUGGUGUUGGACCACGGGCAAAAGGGAUGCCGAGGAAGCCGCCAUGCGAAGUCCUGCCAUCUCUUCGAGUACAUCAACCUGGUCUCUUUCAUGAUUUUCUUUCGCUGGCUGACUUUCGUGCAAAACUGCCUAAGCAUUCGGACAGUUGGUGAGAAUGUGCUCCCUGCUUUCCACGCUGUCAGUCAGCCCGAAGCUUUGUACUUCUUGCUUUUCCUGGCGCUCAUAGUUCUUGCUUCUUUCCAUGCAUACUACGCAUUUCCCACGGAAGAUAUUGAUGUUCACGGAGGUUUCGGGAAUGUCGCAUGGCAAGAAGCGCUCUCGAGCUUUCUUCGCAUCUUUCGAUUAGAAGUUUUAGCUGACUUUGACAUGGGCGAGUUGGAAGGCAGGGGUGAGUUUCUGAACGCUUCUUUGAAGCGAGGAACCAUUGCCGCCGAGCUGGAGCAAGACCUUCCCAAGCCUUUCCACGAUGGUUUGCGUUACAUGUUCGUGCUGUUGAGCCUCGUGGUAAAUGUGAUCAUGAUGAACGUGUACAUCGGGCUUCUCAGCAGCCUUUAUGAUGUGGCCAAGUUGGAGAAACGCCAAAUAUAUUUCCAGUUCUUGGCAAACCAGGCAUAUCGCUAUGUUUUGCUGCGGAGCUUUUGGGAGGAACUGCGUUGUGCAAGUAAAACCCAUCAGGCAGGUGAACUGAGAAGACUGGACUCUGCUGUCGAAGAGCGCGACAGUGACAACGAUGACGAGGAGAAUGACGAUGACGACGAUGAUUUGGCAUGGUUUGUCUUCGAGCAGCAUCGAGUAAGAGAGGAUGCAUGCUGA